AUGCCGCACACACUCGUCACAGGCGCAAACUCCUUCGUCGCUGUCCACAUCAUCAACGAACUCAUCGCUCAAGGCCACACCGUCACCGGCAGCCUCCGCCGCACCUCCGCCGGCGACGCUCUGCUAGCCGAGCAGCCCGAAUGGAAGGGCAAGCUCGACUUCGUCGUCGUCGAGGACUACGCCAAAGAAGGCGCCUUCGACGCCAUUUUCCAGGCUAAAGACUACGACCACAUCGUCCACGUUGCUGCUCCUAUGUUCGGCGAAAACCAGACCGACUUCGACAGGGACUUCUUGCGUCCUGGCGUUGACGGCAAUCUAGUGUUGUUGAAGGGGGCCAAGGCGCAUGCCCCGACCCUCAAGUCGGUUGCGAUUACUGGGAGUAUCAAUUCGCUCACGGAUGGGUCUCCAGCAGCGAAUCAGUCGAGAGAGUACAAGAACGACUCCUGGAACCCGGUUACACCUGAGUUUGCCCGCAAGGAUGGAUCGGGGUACGUGAUGUACCAGUCCAGCAAGAAGGAAGCGGAGCUAGCCGUGUGGGAGUUUGUGGAGAAGGAGAAGCCGAACUUCAGUGCAAGUAAUCUGCGUCUUACCAACCAUAUUUCAUACUCCCACCCCCAGGAGCAAACAGGUGCUUGCAGAUACAGUAGCGCUUUGUGGGACUUAGUCGCUCCUAUUGUCCUCGGUCAAAAAGUCACCGUCCUCCUCCCACCCCUCAUCUUCGGCCCACCCCUGCAAGCGCUGCCAGACCUCAAGCACCUCAACUUCUCCGUCGGCGUCGUCUACAACUUCUUCAACGGCACCUACGCCGAGCUUCCGCAGACGCACGCAGCGGGCCUGUUUCCCUCCUGCAUCGAUGCGCGCGACCUCGCUACUGCCCACGUGCGCGGCCUGACCACCCCCGGAGCGGCCAACAAGCGAUUCCUUGUCGGCGGAGCAGAGCUCACAUCCACCCUGAUCGUGAACACAUUGAGAGGGUUAGUCGAGAAGGGCGAAUUGCUAGAGCAAUUGAAGGGACGGCUGCCAAAGGAUACUGGGAAGGACACUGGUCUCUCGCUUGCGCGGAUUGGCGCCAAGGAGGGGAAUGAGGUUUUGGGGCUGACGUUUAGAAGCGCGGAGGAAACGUUUGGGGACUUGGCGAAGAAGGUCUUGGAGUUGGAGAGGAAAGAGGGGAAGUGA